AUGAACAUAGGUUUGAUAUGGGUGUUAUAUAGCUCGCCGCGUCCCCUAGUCUUUAGUGAUGACUUCAUAGAACCUCACCGUAUUAUAAGACCUAUUGGCCGUGCUAUCCUGCUAGUAACAAUAGCUAUGUUUCAGAAUAAUUGGCCUACUAACCAAUACUGGGCGUUCCUAAUAAAUGACCUGAUCAAGCCUCUCAGCUACCAUCAUAGUGGUGACCGGGUUUCUGGGGCAAGUAUCCCCAUCCCCAACUCCGGCGCCGGUCCUGGAAAUCUUGUAUACUCCAGACGGCGGCGGAGGAUCGCACGGACUGUUCCCGGGAGCUACGGAGUUGUGGAGAAUACUGCUGGAGGAGCUUUGGUGGAUUGGAGGGGCAAUUGGGGAUGCUAUGAGCUCGCUGUUGGCCCCAAAAUAGCUAUCCUCAAGCUUCUCAAGCUCAUCAAGCUCAUCAAGCUCAUCAAGCUCAUCAAGCUCAUCAGCUCCUCAGGUUCUCAAGCUUCUCAAGCUCAUUGGCCCCUCAGCUUCUCAAUCCACGCUCCCUAA